AUGUGCUUCUGUCCUAUUCAUCCUCCCACCCACCGACUUGUGGAUGAAUGUCUCACUAAAGGUCAUGUUGUUGAAUGCACAGCCCAUGAGAACAACUACCACGAGCCCCGCGCAUUGUGUGUAAAAUGCGAAGCUGCGGCUUUCUUACCUCAGAAACGAGAGGGGGAUGAGGAGGAAGACGAGGAGGAAGACGAGGAGGAAGACGAGAAGGAAGACGAGAAAAAAGACGAGUUGGAGCAAUUCAUAGGGUAUUUAUUGCUGCUCCUAGUUGAAAUGGGCAUCAUGGUGCUUAUUGCUGCUGGAAUGGUGUAUCGAGGCAAACCAAGCGGCGCGUGCGAGCGUUGCCGGUCCAGGCGAUUGAAGUGUGACCAAGGUAUACCGUCCUGCGGCGCAUGUAUCAGGGCGAGGGUUGACUGUCCCGGGUAUCGAAACCGGCUGGAUUUGGGCUUCCGAGACCAAAAUGACGAGGUCAUCAGCCGGGCACAACGCUCCGCACAGAAAAAGCGGUCUGCCGCUUUAACGCCCGUCAGCGUGGAAGAAUCUGGAUCAGGCACUUUGAGCUUUUCGCCAAGAAAUAAUCUAGAGUUCCCGGCGCAGGACCUAGCAAAAGGCUAUUUCUUUUCCCACUACAUUACUGGUGGCCUCGAAGGAGGCCAUAUGUCAUAUCUCCUGCCUUUGAUUGCUGACCCCGGGAAUGUCGCGGUGAAUUCCGCUCUUAAUGCGGUCGGACUGGCAGCUUUAUCUAACAUCCGUCUAUCGCCCCAAAUGAUGUUGAAAGCCCGACGGGAGUAUACCAAUGCGCUUUCAGAGACCAAUCAGGCAUUGGCCAAUACCGCCUUGUCUAAGCGAGAUGACACACUGGCUGCGGUCGUCUUAUUGGGCAUGUUUGAGGUUCUCACUUGCUCUGAUGGCUCCUUCAUUGACCGGUGGAUGAAACAUAUGGAAGGCGCCACGAGAUUAAUAGAAUUCCGAGGUGUAGACCAAUUGGGUCGGCGGGAAGGUUUGGACUUGUUCACCCAGUUACGCGCACAAAUUCAUAUUGGAAAAAUCUACCAGGAAAGAUACAGCUCGCCGCUUCUAUUUCAGCUGUCUGAAAAUGCAAUGAGAUACCGAGACUCGAACGACCAUAUUGUUGAUGAACUGGGCCUCGAAGUUAUCCGUUUGAGUAAUUUUUGCGCUUCAAUGAAGGAUGGAAGUGUUACGGAUCCUGGCGAGAUCAUCCGUACUGCCUUGACCAUCGAUGCGAAUCUCACUUCGCUUUUCAUCAGUGUCCCUGCCGCAUGGAGCUACAGAACCGUCAAGGUUCCAGUUAUCAAUGGGGAGGCCAUUACCAAAGCUGUCUGGGGAGAUACUUAUCACAUCUAUGGGAGCCUUGCAUCAAGUAGCAUGUGGAAUAACUAUCGCUCGGCACGAAUUCUGGUACACGAACUGAUCAUCGACGCUGUGAAAACACUUGAAGCAUCCGCUUCGGAAGACACUGACCGUCGGCGGCAAAGUGCAUUGGAUAGUCAAAGCCGACUUAUUGCACACCAGCUUGUGGAAGAUAUAUGCGCCAGUGUUCCUUUCAAUCUCGGUGCGGGGACAGAAGUCAGUGAAGAAACCGACAUUGAAGGUCCCACCCCAUUCAGGGUAACAGGCGCAGGUGGAUUCAGCCUAAUGUGGCCGCUAUUGAUUGCCGGUAACUCCGGUCUGGCAUGCCAGGAGCUUCGCCAGUGGAUUAUUGACUGCUUGGAGAAGAUCGGUCAUUCUAUGGGCAUCAAUCAAGCAUUGGCAAUGGCACAUCUCCUGCGGCGAGGAAUGCGCUCCCGAGCAUGGAUAAUGGAAGAUGGUACGUCAAGCAGUAAUGGCUGCAUUGGAGUCAAAGGACAUUGA